UGGAAAAGAAAAAAACUUCAAAAAUGGGAAAAUUCUUGGGACAAUAUAUUUUCAAGUGCUUCCAAACUGAUGAAAAUAGCAGUGAAGAUGAGAAGGAAAUUAGCAUUAAAACCACAGAUAAACCUAUUAUUGUUAAAGAUACUGCUACAAAUUAUAGCAGAAAUUUCGCUUCAAAUAGUGACAAUAUUUCUCAACAUCGAACUUCUCAUAAAGCAGGAUUCUCCAUAGUCACUGAUACAGGUAUGAUGAUAAAUGCGGCAAGCCCUGUCUGUACACCAAGAAGCAAUUCAGAUUUGGAUGAUGGUGAUCAAUCUCCUCUAGAGGGGUUGAAAUAUUUUUGAACUACUCUGAAAACUCACCCUCCUAAAUUUCUAAUGUCUCCAAAGACCUUCUUAGAAAAACCAGAGAGCCAUUAUUUGCUUGGCUCUGAACUAAAAUUAUUGCCAACAAACAUCAGAGUAGUUAAGUCGAAUUUCUCCAAGGUUGCUUUAGUGAGUUAUCCUGGCUCUGGAGAAUCCUUGCUGAGGAGUUACUUGGAAGAAAUUACUAAAAUAUUCAUAGCUGACGAUUGCCAGCAGGAGUACAAAUUAAAUCCGACAUUAAACAAAGUUUGGGUUGUAAAUACCCAUUUUCCACUCCAGAGAGCGAAGAGAUUUAAGGUUAAUAAAGCUGUUGUGUUAAUAAGGGACCCUAUUGAAACGUUGGUAGAAAGUAAGAAAAAGGUAGUCUUCACAGACACUCUAGAGCUUAACUCCAUCAGGUUAUAGAAAGAUUUGAUAAAGAUGACCAUCUUGAUGAAGAGAGUUUUGAUAAGUGGGCACGGUUUUACAAUUAUUGGAUUAACCCAAAAAGAGAAUGAUUAACAUAUUAUAUUCAAUACAAAGAUCUUACAAACUCUCCUGAGAAAGUUCUAAAAUAACCUCUUUUGAUUCCUAAUAGGAUGUAGCCUCUCUGAAAUAUCAGGAACUGUAUUGGAGAAGUUGAUCAGGAAGCAGUGAGAGAAGAUUGAACCUCCUCCUUGUAAUAUUGAUGAAGAUGAUUAUUAUUCAUGCCUAAGCCUACUAGAAUCGCCAAACGUUUCUAAUAUAAUUUCCUUUAUGGACCAAUCAGAAAAGAAACCAGUUGUUUCAUUAAGGAAGUCCUUAAUGCCAACAGCAGAUUUCAAUACAGUUUGAAUCCUUGACAGUUCUAAUAGGGAUAUUGAAAGAAAAGGUUCAUUUCAAAACCCUCCCCAGCAAUACUACUUUUCCUUAGAUGAAGUUAAGACUAGUCAGCACAAUACCACACAAAGAUUCGCUCUUGCCCAAAGAAAUGAUUAUAGUUAUUUACAAGCAAUCCACAAAGAAUCAACUCAAUUAAACUCAAUGGUCAUCAACAGAGCCAAAGAAGUCAAACUAUUUGCUCUAAAUGAAUAAAUUCCUACCCUAACCCCCACUCUAC